CUCCACUAGCUAAUAUACUAAUCCUGCGUGUCUAGUUCAUCUAUACACCUUGAAUAUUGGGCGGACGAACAUGAGGCUCCUCCACGCAGUCUCCUGGUUGCUCCCACUGCUGCUGCUACAGCCGGCAGCGGUGCGGCCAUCCGGCGUGAAAAGAAGCCAACCGGCGAACGGGACGGCUCUUCCCUCCACCGCCUCGCUUGCCGGUUGUCAGAAGAGCUGUGGGAACGUGAGUUUCCAGUACCCAUUCGGCGUCGGGCAUGGCUGCUUCCGGUCGCAAGACUUUGAGCUCAUCUGCAAAAACCACAAUUCCUCGCAUGCUCCCAGGCUCUUCAUGAACGACGGCAUCACGGAGGUCGACCAGGAUAAUGAGGAUAUCCCCAUCGACCCCGACUCAUAUAUUGAGGUAUCGUUUUCCCGUUCCAUCUCCUUGAGACCUGAGGUCGAUGUGUACAACAUGUCCUGGAAUCUUGGGAGAUCCUUCAGCCUCCAUGAUUUACAAAUAAACUUCACCGGUUGCGACUUCGACAUGCUCGUGCUUGACAAGAACAAUACGGUGAGACAGUGCAGUGCUACAUGUCCUGACGAAGACAUCACGGGCUGGGUGGCUCGGGAGAAUUGCAACGGCACAGGAUGUUGCUCCACCUAUGUUAAGUCCUUCUCCUCCGAGAAUGCUGGCGCCUUCGAGAUCAUGUUUGUCCGCCAAAAGAUUGGAGAACCAAAAUUCAAAGAGCACAAUAAUAACCAAAGCUCCAUAUGGGAUUCAAUUGAGGUUACCGCUGAUGGCGGUAUUAGCUGGGGCGGCAUCGUCGUUGAUCAACCCGGCCCUGCUAGCACCUUUCGGCACAGGACAGAUUAUGCAUGUCUUGGCAACCAUAGCCGUGAUUACACUGAUGGUCCAUCAUACUACGCCAGUGGUUAUUAUUGUAUUUGCGAAGAUGGUUACACAGGCAAUCCAUACAUAACUGAUGGAUGUUCACGUGACAAAGGGUAUUUUCCAGUACAACGGAAGACCAACUGCUCUAGAUGGUGUGGGAACAUCAGUGUUCCUUUCCCAUUCGGCCUAGAAGAAGGAUGUUCUGCAAGGAUGUUGUUUCAGCUCAAAUGUACAAACUCGACAACAUCUACCCUCCAAUUCCUUGUCACUGGUGCAGCAGAUGAGUACAGUCUUGUAAGCCACAUAAAUAUCAACAAUGGGAUAUUGCAUGUUAAAUACGGCUCCUCAUAUGCUCUACAAGUACUUUCGCACAGUGUUUUUGGAGAACCUGAACUCUAUGUUGCCUCCGAGGAAUCAGCAUCUCAGCAGUGGGCCGUAGCCGACUUAACUUGCCAGGAGGCACAACAAAAUAGAUCGGGAUAUGCAUGUGUUAGCAUGAAUAGUGCGUGCUUGAGUGUCAACUCCGCACGAACAUAUGUCGGUUACCGCUGCAAAUGUAAGUCCGGCUUUGAUGGGAAUCCAUAUGUCAUGGAUGGGUGUAAAGAUGUUAACGAGUGCAACAUACAAGACAUAUGUAAUGGAACUUGCCAUAACAAUAUAGGAAGUUAUUAUUGCACCGAAUGUCCUAGAAAAACAGUGUAUGACGGUGCAACAAGGAGGUGCAGAACGACCAACGAACAAAAUCUGGUCCUAGGUAUCGCCAUUGGGACUAGCGUUGGUUUUGGAAUUCUACUUUUCAUCUUGAUUGUAAUAUUUUUCAUCCGUAGAUGGAAAAAAGACAUCCAAAAGAAACUACGAAGAAAGCACUUUCGGCAAAACCAAGGUCUACUCCUCGAACAAUUGAUAUCAUCUGAUGAAAAUGCGAGUGACAACACCAAGAUUUUCUCAUUACCAGAGUUAGAAAAGGCAACAAAUAACUUUGAUGCCACACGAAUUGUUGGUCAUGGAGGACAUGGCAUGGUUUAUAAAGGCAUAUUAUCUGACCAACGGGUAGUGGCCAUAAAGAAGUCUAAAGUCAUUGAGAAAAUUGAGAUUAGUCAGUUCAUCAAUGAGGUUGCCAUCCUCUCACACAUAAAUCACCGAAAUAUCGUGAAGCUCUUCGGAUGUUGUCUUGAGACUGAAGUCCCACUGCUAGUAUAUGACUUCAUCCCAAAUGGUUCGUUAUUUGGAAUCCUCCAUGCCGAUACCACUAGCAGUUUUGUUCUGUCAUGGGAUGAUUGUUUGAAAAUUGCUGCAGAAGCUGCAGGAGCACUCUAUUACCUCCACUCAGCUGCUUCGGUAUCGAUAUUUCAUCGUGAUGUGAAGUCUACUAACAUACUCUUGGAUGGAAAUUACACCGCGAAAGUAUCGGACUUUGGUGCUUCAAGGUUGGUUCCUAUUGACCAAACUCAUGUCGUUACGAAUAUACAAGGCACCUUUGGGUACCUGGAUCCAGAGUAUUACCACACGGGCAUGCUAAAUGAGAAGAGUGAUGUCUAUAGCUUUGGUGUAGUACUUGUAGAGUUGUUGUUGAGAAAGGAGCCUAUUUUUACAAGUGAUUCUGGCCUAAAGCAAAACUUGUCCAACUACUUUCUUUGGGAGAUGAGGGAGAAACCACUUGCAGAUAUAGUGGCUGCUCAAGUUCUGGGGGAAGCAACAUCUGAGGAGAUUAAUGAUGUCGCUAGUCUUGCAGAGACUUGCUUGCGACUACGAGGUGUAGAGAGGCCGACUAUGAAACAAGUGGAGGUGAAACUGCAGCAUAUCCGAUCCAAAAGGUUAAGAUCAUCUCAGGUUGCAGUGACAAGUGAAGAUAUGCAACCUUUGUUAAGUGGACAAAGGCAAGUCAACCUUCCGCUAUUGGGUGUUCAAGCUGGUAUAGGGAACUGAGCUAAUUUACCUUCUCAAAGGGAGCAAAACUGCUAUAGUCUGGAGCAAGAGUUCAUGGCAUCGGCGACUCUACCACGGUAGAUUGUUGGAUUGUCUGGUUUUAUCCGUUUCAAUUUUCCGUCCCUUUGAUGGAUACGACAAUGUAUACCGUAUAUUGUAUUGUAGUACACUUACACUCAGUAACGGUUUUCGCUAUUCAGGUUGAUAUGGCUGGCCAAUUUUCUUUGCAUCAAAAUAAUGUUGUAAUGUGCUACUGAUACACCUUUGUAUCUCACGAUUAGGCAAUGAUUUUGCAUCUCAAUAA